AUGGACCCUCUCAGCUUGACUGCGGGCGUGAUUGCUAUCGUGCAAAUCACCGGAGAAUGCAUGAAACUCGCCAAGAUUGGUCCGUCAAAACACCAUCUUGCGAGGCUGAAGCAGAUUAACACAAACUUAUAUGGGUUCUAUGGCGCUGUCAACAAUUUACAACUGCAUUUGGCGAUCCACGAAGAAGACCAAGCCAGACUCAGCGCCCUUGACCAUCUUCAGGAGCCGUUGGCGCGGUGCUUGGAAGCCCUGAAAUUGCUCAAGAAUCGGUUCGAACACGACGGCGUCUUUACACAAUAUGUCAUGGGCUUGCGGUUUGACAAGAAGCUCGAGGACUGCCUACGGGUCAUCGCUGAGGCGAAAUCACUCUUGGAGCUGGCUCUACAGUGUGAUCAACGAGUAAUAAUCAACGCUGUGGAGACUUAUGUCCGCAACACCGCCGAAGAGACGAGAAAUAUUCAGAUUGCGAUAGCAAGUACAGACCGAGUUCUUGCAGGAAUACAGUCGCAGGUGAAACAAUCGUCCGAACUGACCAUAACUCUCAGGGAAGAGCAGAGUCAGGGUCUGGCAGGAGUCCAUAGCGCUGUUGAAAACUUGACCUUAGGGGUAAAAGCACAAGAGACGGAAGCACUUCUGCAAAAGCAACUUGCACGCCGAUCUGCCGCCCUUGCUUGGCUCUCGACCAUGGAAGUUCGCUCCAAUUACCUCGAUGUCCUUCGGGCAAGGGAAUCUGGCACCGGGAAAUGGCUCAUAAGUCACCCUCUGUUCCAGUCUUUGAUAACUGGAGAGCUCCAGGCUCUGUGGCUACAUGGGAUGCCGGGAGCUGGCAAAACAUUCUUGUCGGCAGCCGUGAUUGAUCAUUUCGAGAGAUCGUCCACGUCCACCAUCGCUUACUUUUUCUUCGACUUCAAAGCCUCCGAGAAACAACUUACUGAAGCAAUGAUUAGGUCUGCUGCAGCUCAACUGGAGAGUGAGGCAUCAUCGCGCCGUCUCUCUCCGUCGCUGGAAUACUUGUAUUCGAAAUGUUGUGAAUCUGGCCAAAGCCGCGAGCCGACACUGGACGAGGCCGUCAACCUCCUCACAUCCUAUGCGGUUGAGGGAUCCAGCCCAUAUAUCGUCUUAGAUGCACUGGAUGAAUGCAGGGACAACACUACUCUGAUAUCGGUGUUACAGAAAUUGAGGGAAACUGCGCCUAACAUCAAAUUCAUCGUUACCAGCAGACGAGAGACUGCCCUUGUAGAUGGUCUGACAGAAGACCGAUUUCAGAGGUUGCCUAUCGAGGGGGAUGCUCUAACGGACGAUAUACGACUCUACAUCAGGUCCACCUUGAGCAAUGAUCCAAUACUCCGGAAACUGCCAGAAGACCUCAAAGACCAUAUACACCGUACUCUCGUGGAAGGGUUCCGCUGGGUCAGGUGUCAGAUCGACGCGAUUCGGUCGCUGAAACGGCCCAAAGCCAUCAAAGACGCCUUAAGAAAAUUGCCCAAAACGUUGGACGAAACUUAUGAGAGGAUCCUCCUUCAGCUUAGCGAGACAGGCUCAGAGGACAAUACCGACUUGCUCCGAAAGAUAUUCAUCUUCCUUGCCUUCGGCAAACGCCCAAUGACCUUGCCAGAGCUCGCCCAGGCAGUCACCAUUGACGUCAGUGGCCGUGAAUUCGACGAGGACAAUGCGUUCAACAAUCCUGAAGACCUCCUGACGCUCUGUCAACCAUUAGUCGCCCUGUCUCCGACAACCGGCCACCUAGGCUUUGUUCACUAUUCCGUCCAAGAGUUUCUGCUCUCGGGCAGGUUGGCGAAAGCGGGAAGCCAGAUCAGCAUAUAUGCGCUUGAUCCGAAGAGCUCGCAUACAGAAAUCGCUCGGAUCUGUCUCAGCUUCUUGAAUUAUGACGACUUCGCUUCUGGUCCCUGCACCUCAUAUGAGGACUUCAAAAGUCGAACCGCAAAAUUUCCGUUCUUGGAAUAUGCUGCAUCUGAGUGGCCAUCCCACACCAUGGAACAAGAUGUCCAAACAGAACUGACUGGCCCCAUUUUGAAACUCCUGACCCCGCAGAAGAAUCCUAAGCUUGCCUCGAUGAUCCAGAACGCAAGGGAUGUUGAUGCAUAUCGCGGGAAUGAUGUAACGCGUUUCGACACGUACCCAGCAGAAGAUGGGACGACAAGAAGGUCCCAAAGAAGCUAUAUGGUGAACAGUUUGACAUUUGCAGCAUCUUGGGGACUGGACAGCGUCUUGUCAAGAAUAGUUGAAAGUGGAGCUGACAUCAACCUCCCAGGAUCAUUUGCCGGUAGUGCGCUUCAUUGCGCCGUCAUGCGUGGCCGCCUUACCACGGUAAAAAUCCUUCUAGAUCUUGGAGCAGAUGCCGAUUAUAACAAGGGUCUCUAUUCGGGUACUCCUCUGAUGAUAGCUAUACUUCAUGGCCACCAACAGAUGAUUGACCUUUUGCUGGAAUUGAGAGUGGAUGUAAAUGUAGGCAGUGGACCAUUCUACAAGCCUCUCAACGCUGCUGCUUGCAAGAACGACAUACAAACCAUGGAACGCUUGAUCGCAGCCGGUGCUGAUAUCCAUUAUGGGGAAGACCAAGACACGCCAGGUCAGGGCCUCUGGAGCGAAGUCACGGCUCUCGGAAUGGCUGUCUCUUACGGAAGAAUUGAAGCAGCAUUAUUUCUUAUCGGGUGGGGAGCUUCACUUGGUGAUUGUUCUAUUAUUGACAUGGCGAAGCGCUUGUACGACCGUUACCGGCCGAAGCCUAUGCCGAGAGAGGGAAUCGAGACUCUUGUGCAAGGUCUAGCUGCUCUUGGCCACCAUAUUGAGGUCGAUGGUGAGGUUGAGGAGUGCAACGUGGAGGAAACGGAGGAAGUAUUCUACGCUGGAAGGGGUAUAUGGCACCGUAUUCCGCGACCGCAACCGCGACCACUGAGGUUUCGGCUGAAAGUUGACCGGGAUCCCAGCGACAUGGAUCAAUGUGGAGCUUGA